UUGCUCAUAAGUGUGACGUCAUGGCGUCGCCACCGCCUCUAAAGAGCUGCAGCUGAACGCCGCAGAAGCGGUCCAGUACUUCAUUUCGGAAGAUGGAGGCUAAGGGAGAUGAACAGUAUGGCCGAUCCGAUAGCUAUCGGGUGGCCGUCACUCCAAAUGUGGCCGAUGGCAACGCCCCCGCAGCGGUAAAGACAAAUCCAGCGGGACGCAAGACCAAAAAGAAAGGUGGAGCUGACCUAGAUGACCUCAAGAAAGAGGUGUCCAUGGAUGAACACAAAAUACCAAUCGAUGAGCUCUAUUCAAGGUUACGCACAAAUCCUGAAAGGGUAUUAUAUCUAGGAAUUGUCUUAUCAGCAGUGGUAAUCAUCACCGGGUGCUUUUCCUAUUACCAAGAAGCAAGAAGUUCCAAGAUCAUGGAAUCCUUUAAAAAUAUGGUUCCUCAAUAUGCAACUGUUCUUCGAGAUGGUCAAAAGUUCAGUAUUCCGGCCGAAGAAGUUGUAGUUGGUGAUAUUGUGGAGGUGAAAAGCGGUGAUAGAAUCCCAGCAGACAUCCGGGUAAUCGCUUCUCACAGCUUUAAAGUUGACAACUCUUCUUUGACUGGAGAAUCAGAAGCACAGACCAGGUCACCAGAACUUACCAACGACAAUCCAUUGGAAACAAGGAACAUAGCAUUUUUCUCAACCAACUGUGUGGAAGGCACUGGAACGGGGAUAGUUAUCAACACCGGUGACCGCACAGUGAUGGGUCGUAUUGCUAACCUGGCUUCUGGGUUGGAAAUGGGAGACACACCCAUAGCCCGAGAAAUCGCCCACUUCAUCCACAUCAUCACCGGAGUAGCUGUCUUCCUGGGGAUCUCUUUUUUCUUUGUCGCUUUCAUCUUGGGUUACCACUGGCUAGAUGCUGUCAUCUUUUUGAUCGGUAUCAUUGUGGCUAAUGUUCCAGAGGGUCUUCUAGCCACUGUAACUGUAUGCUUAACCCUAACUGCCAAAAGAAUGGCGGCGAAAAACUGUCUGGUAAAGAAUUUGGAAGCUGUCGAAACACUGGGUUCUACAUCCACUAUUUGUUCGGACAAAACUGGUACUCUGACUCAGAACCGAAUGACAGUAGCUCACAUGUGGUUUGACAGCCAGAUAAUAGAAGCUGACACCACAGAAGACCAGUCUGGUAAUUUUGAAUUAGUCGGUCUUUAG